AUCCUCACACACGAUGCGCACCUUCUCGCGCCCCACUGCGGCCGCACUGCGCACGGCCAGUGCACGUCCCGUGCGUCGGCUUGCCACGCAUGCCGCGUUGCCGGCGAGCGCUGCCGGCGUGCCGCAGACGUUCAUCGAGAAGGUCAUCCAGUCGCACGCCGUCGACCUGCGCCGCGGGCAGCGCGUGCUCGCCGGCGACUACCUCGCCAUUCGCCCCGCGCAGGUCAUGACGCACGACAACACGGGGCCGUGCAUCUCCAAAUUCCGCUCCAUCGGCGCCACACAGAUCAAGAACCCCGCACAGGUCGUCUUUGCGCUGGACCACGACGUGCAGAACAAGUCGGCCAAAAACCUCGAAAAGUACUCGAAGAUCGAGACGUUUGCGCGGCAGCAGGGCGUCGACUUCUACCCCGCGGGCCGCGGCAUCGGGCACCAGGUCAUGGUCGAGGAGGGCUACGCGUUUCCGCAGACGCUCGCCGUCGCCUCGGACAGCCACAGCAACAUGUACGGCGGCGUCGGCUGCGUCGGCACGCCCGUCGUGCGCACCGACGCCGCCGCCAUCUGGGCGACGGGGCAGACGUGGUGGCAGAUUCCCGAGGUCGUCAAGGUCGAGCUCAGCGGCCGCCUGCCCGCCGGCGUGACGGGCAAGGACGUGAUCGUGGCGCUCUGCGGCUACUUCAACGAGGACCAGGUGCUCAACGCCGCCAUCGAGUUCACCGGCGACGGCAUCGACGCGCUCAGCGUCGACGAGCGCCUGGCGAUCGCCAACAUGACGACGGAGUGGGGCGCGCUGGCCGGCGUCUUUCCCGUCGACAACGUCACGCUGAGCUGGUACGAGGCGGCGAUCCGGCGCAUGGACAAGCUCAACUUCCAGGUCGGCUCGUCGCCGAGCCGGUCAGCGUCGCACCCGCGCCUCAAUAUGGAGCGCCUCGACGACCUCUCGCGCAACAUCAUCACGCCCGAUGCAGACGCCUUCUACUCGAAGCACCUGCGCCUCGACCUCUCCACGCUGGCGCCGCACGUCAGUGGGCCCAACAGCGUCAAGGUCUCCACGCCGCUGUCUUCGCUGGCACAGCAGAACAUCGCCAUCCACAAGGCGUAUCUUGUGUCGUGCGUCAACUCGCGCGCCUCGGACCUGAAGGCUGCGGCGGACGUCAUGCGCGGCAAGAAGGUUGCCGAUGGCGUCGAGUUCUACGUGGCCGCCGCGAGCAGCGUCGUGCAGCGCGAGAGCGAGGAGGCGGGCCACUGGGGCGACCUGCUGGCUGCCGGCGCGCGGCCACUGCCGGCAGGCUGCGGGCCGUGCAUCGGCCUUGGCGUGGGUCUGCUGGAGGAUGGCGAGGUCGGCAUCUCGGCGACAAAUCGCAACUACAAGGGCCGCAUGGGCAGUCCCAACGCGAUGGCCUAUCUUGCCAGCCCGGCCGUCGUCGCUGCGAGUGCCGUCGAGGGCCGCAUCUGCGCGCCGGGCGAGCUCGACCCCGCGCUGCUGCCGGCAGCUGACGGCCUGCAGUUCUCGAUGACGCUCGGUACGAAGGCGGCGCCGUCUGGCGCGUCCGAGGACGGCACCGGCCCGAGCCCCGACGCCGCGGCGAGCGAGGACCUGCUGCUGCCCGGCUUCCCGACGGCCUUCACGGGCCCGCUCGUCUUUGCGCCGCAGGACAACCUCAACACCGACGGCAUCUACCCGGGCAAGUACACGUACCAGGACGACAUUACGGCCGAGCGGCAGGCCGAGGUCGUGAUGGAGAACUACGACCCCAACUUUGCCGCCACGGUGGCCUCGCUGCGCAGCUCUGCCUCGGGCUCGACGCCGGACGGCGCGCGCCGCGGCGUCGUGCUCGUGAGCGGCUACAACUUCGGCACGGGCUCGUCGCGCGAGCAGGCCGCCACGGCGCUCAAGCACGCCGGCGUGCCCCUCGUGCUCGCCGGCAGCUUUGGCGACAUUUUCAAGCGCAACGCCAUCAACAACGGCCUCGUGUGCCUCGAGUGCCCCGAGCUCGUCGACGACCUGACGCGCGAGUACGCGCGCGACGGCGCGCGCGGCGCCGGCGGCAAGCAGCAGGGCGAGAUCAGCGUGCUGCUGCAGGGCGCCGACAUUAGCGUGUCGAGCGCCGACGGCAAGCUGACGCUCAAGCUGGCCGACGGCACGGAGCGCAUCUACACGACGCGGCCUGCGGGCGUCGGCGCGGCCGUGCAGGACAUCUGGACCGCGGGCGGCCUCGAGGCAUGGGUCAAGCGGCGCAUCGGCGCGGCAUGAGCCGGGGAUGACAUCGACAUAUGUUACAGAUGGAUGGGCCUGAUACACGGAGCAGAGGAGAGAUGCAGCGCCUAGGGCGCUGCUCGUGAGGUCGUGCUGGAUGAGGGG